AUGGUCGCUCCAGCCACUACCGGACAGUAUGUUCUCCAGAAGACCGACGGGCUUAAAUACAAGUUGGUCCUCGCCUCUGCUGCGAUUCCACAGCCGAAGGCCACCGAAGUGCUCGUCAAGAUUCAUGCGGUUUCGUUGAACUUCCGCGACGUGAUGAUGCCCGACGGUACCUAUAGCUACCCGUGGUCGUUCAAGCCGGACGUCGUCGCCGCAUCCGACAUGGCCGGGGAAAUCGUCGCCCUCGGCGCUGAACGUGUCUGCGCCAACUUCACCUCCGACCACGUCUUCGGCGAGGCGACAGCGUCAUCAUCAACAGCGUCCUCAGUGGCGGCGUCGACGGCGUGCUGGCGGAGUACAGGGUCUUGCCCGCGCAUGGACGACACUCCCUGCGCCGCCGUCACCGCGUACAACUGUCUCAUGGGCUCGAACCCGAUCAAGGGCGGCGACUUCGUGCUCGUCCAGGGCACUGGGGGUGUCUCCAUCUUCGGGCUCCAGCUCGCGGUCGCGUCGGGCGCCGUGGUCGCGAAAGCGUUGGGGGCCACGCACCUCAUCAACUACAAGACGACACCGGACUGGGACGCGGAAGUCAUGAAGGUGACGGGCGGAGAGGGCGUGCAGCACGUCAUCGAGACCGGCGGUCUCAGCACCAUCAUGAAGUCCAUGGACUGCGUCGCGUGGGGUGGCACCGUUGACCUCGUCGGCGCCUCUGACUAUCUGAAGACGGGGAACAACGUACCAUUCUACAUCCCUGGAAGAAGCAUCAACCUCCGCAGGAUCAUGAUAGGGUCUCGCACGCAGUUCGAAGACAUGAACAAGCUGAUCAGCGCGGCUAAGAUCAAGCCAGUUGUGGACAAAGUCUUCGACUUCGAGCACGCCGCGGAGGCUUACGAGCACCUGCGCGGCCGGAAGCAUGUCGGAAAGGUAGUGAUCAAGGUUGCGUAG